ACCAAACCUUGGAAAAGUACCGUCUCUUGCUCCCAUGGCAAAUCUCACCUCCCUCCUCCUCUUUCUCACCACUCUCCUCUCUCUCCUGCUCCCUUCUCUCUCAUAUAAACUCACCAUCCCUCUCUUCCCAUUCCCCAAACCACCGUCCACCGAUCUACUCCAAUCCCUCAACUUCCAUGCCGCCGCCUCCCUCUCCCGAGCCCACCACAUCAAAAACCCCGAAAAAUCCCCCCACCCUUCUCCCUCCACCCAAGUCCCCCUCUUCCCCCACAGCUACGGCGGAUACUCCGUCUCCCUCCGCUUCGGCACGCCGCCGCAAACCACCUCCUUCAUCAUGGACACCGGCAGCAGUCUUGUCUGGUUCCCCUGCACCAAACACUACACUUGCUCUCAAUGCCAGUUCCGAAACAUCGACCCCACAAAAAUCCCCACUUUCAUCCCCAAACUCUCCUCCUCCAGCAAAAUCGUCGGCUGCAAAAACCCCAAAUGCGCUUGGAUUUUCGGCCCCGAAGUCGAAUCCCAAUGCCCGAAUUGCAACGACCCAACUCGCCAAAACUGCUCCCAAGCCUGCCCACCGUACAUACUCCAGUACGGUUCCGGCAUAACAGCUGGGAGUUUACUUUCCGAGUCCCUAAAUUUUCCCGAGAAAAUUGUCCCUGAUUUUCUCGUCGGCUGCUCGUUCUUCUCCAUCCGGCAGCCAGCCGGAAUCGCCGGAUUCGGCCGCGGAACAGAAUCGCUGCCGUCCCAAAUGGGGCUCUCCAAAUUCUCUUACUGCUUAGUCUCCCAUAAAUUCGACGACACCCCACAAAGCAGCGACCUUGUUCUGUACACCGGCGGCAGCAGCGCCGACGAUCCCCGAAGAAACGACACGAAAGCUCAGCGCUCGAGCUACACGCCGUUUCAGAAAAACCCAGGUCCUCCAAACUCUGCAUUUCGCGAGUACUACUACGUACUGCUCAGAAAAAUCAUCGUGGGCAAGAAACACGUGAAUAUUCCGUACAAGUUUCUCGUCCCCGGAGCCGACAGCAAUGGCGGGACGAUCGUGGAUUCCGGAUCGACCUUCACGUUCAUGGAGAAGCCGGUUUUCGAAGCCGUGGCGCAAGAGUUUGAGUCACAGAUGGCGAAUUACACGAGAGCAAAGGACUUGGAAACCAAAACGGGAUUGAGACCCUGUUUCUAUAUUUCGAAAGAGGAGAAGUUGGACUUUCCGGAAUUGGUUUUCCAGUUCAAAGGGGGUGCUAAGAUGGAGCUGCCAUUGACGAAUUACUUUUCGCUGGUUUCGAGCUCGGGGGUUGCGUGCUUGACGAUUGUUACUGAUGGGGUUAUUGGUCCAGAGCGUAAUGGUGGACCUGCCAUUAUUUUGGGGAAUUAUCAGCAGCAGAAUUUUUUUGUGGAGUAUGAUUUGGAGCGUGACAGGUUUGGGUUCCGGAAACAGAACUGUAAAUGAUGAGGCUCCGUCACAUUAGACCGAUUUACUUGAAACGGCUACACCGUUAUUGUGACGAGAGGAAAAAUAAAGGGUGCAAAACAAGUUUUUGUGCAGUGACGAGAAACGAUGAUGGCAAGUUGUAGAGAGGAUAAUAAUUGUGUCUUUUUUUACAUUAGUGAUAGUUUUUCACGAUGGAGAAGAAGUUUUAAUUUGCUUUCUCGAUUGCAGAAAUUAAGCUUAAAUUAGUGCUUCAAUCAGCAUUGUCAAGCUUCACAUUGUUAUCAAUAUGCAUAAAGUUCUCUCUUUUGUAUAUGACAA